AUGAGUGAAAUAGAAUUGUAACUAUCUGAAAGAGAAUGGAAGUUAAAUCUCUGUAAGGUAAAGUAUUCAGAAUAUGAGAGAGCAAUUCAAAGAUUUGGAUAUACAGGCCAUAUUUAGGACCAGUCUCUCCAAGAAUUGCAGGAUGUCAUUAACUUUGAUCUUGGGAAGGCCAAGAAUAGAAAUGAUAUUUAUCACUACUACUACUAAAGCCCUUAUAUAUUCAACAAAGGAGAUUAUAAAUCAAGACAACUGCUAUUGAUGGGUUAUAUAUUAACCUCACAUGAAAGUAAGAAGCAAGCAGCAAACGCUAUGUGGGGUUUGGUGAAUCCAGAAAUGAAAGAAACUGUAAGCAAAAAAGAAUUGAAAGAGUUUCUAAUGAAUCUAUGUGAUUAUGCUGUGGAGACGCCACAUCAAUUCUAAAACUUUUAGUCAAGUGAUGAUGAUCUUGAACUAUACUUGAAUGAGUUAUAAAUGAAAAAGGAGGAGAUGAUUGAUAGAUUAGUUGGGCAAUUAGAUAGAGAAAUUGAUGAGCUAACUAUUACCAAGAAAGUGUAUUUGCAUCCAUUUAAAUCCCAACCCAGAUUAGAAUAUUGA